UCCGCCGCAACCCAAACCCCCACAGCCGGAGCUCGCCGUAAGAUCGGAGUCGCCAUCGAUCUCUCCGAGGAGAGCGCUUUCGCCGUCCGCUGGGCCGUAGAUCACUACAUCCGUCCCGGAGACGCAGUUGUCCUCCUCCACGUCUCCCCUACCUCCGUCCUCUUCGGCGCCGAUUGGGGACCUCUCCCUCUCAAAACCCAGCCUCCUCUCGAAGAUCCAUCAGCUCAAUCGCAGCAAUCGCAGCCAAGUCAGGAGGAUUUCGACGCUUUCACUUCAUCCAAAGUGGCGGAUCUCGCCAAGCCGCUGAAGGAGAGUGGGUUCCCGUAUAAGAUCCAUAUAGUAAAGGAUCACGAUAUGAGGGAGAGAUUGUGCCUUGAGAUCGAGAGGCUUGGCCUGAGCGCUGUGAUCAUGGGAAGCAGAGGUUUUGGCGCUGAGAAGAGGGGAAGCGAUGGCAAGCUUGGCCAGGUGUUGUUGUUGAUGAUGAAGACGUUGAUGAGGCUACUACUAAGCCCGUUGCUCAUCAUGAACACAUCAAAGAUGAGUAACGCUUCUUUGGGAUCUGGUCAGGAUCGUGAUCUUUACAGCACCCAGGUACACAACAGAAAAGAAGUAGGAGUUGUAGCGUGGUCAGAGGAGGAGUGUCUUGUGUGUUCUAUCUUUAGCUAUCACUAUAUGUAUGUUUGA